AUGUCUUAUCAUAGGAUGACACUACAUAAGUUCCAUGCAGCUCAGCUAGUCUUCGUCAAAAACGUCCCCCAAGAAUCAGCCUCCAGCGUCGCGAGCCUCUACACGCAAUACAAUCCACUGGAAAUCAAAAACCUGUACCCAGCUGCCAGAAUCACCACCCUCAUGAUCGCGCUCCCAACCGCAGACGUUGCAGUCUCGGCGCUCCACCGCACAGACGGCAUGAGAGUCGAUAGUACAGUCAUCAAUGUCGAGCGGUACAAUGCGAAACAGUCGAUAGUAGCGAGGCGCGAGACGCGUAGGAAGCGCAACGGCGGAUCGGCAGAUACGCGUGACGACGAAUACGAAGAUGAUGAGUGGGAGGAAGAAGACGAGCCGCUGGAGAGCUGGGAAGAUGAGGAUGAGACAUAUGUGGAUGACGGGCCUGUGGUUGAGCAUAAAACGAGCCAGGUCGAUGGUGUGAGUUGGGCUGAUGUCACGAGGGGGAGGAAUCUGACGCCUGAGACACCCUCUUCGCCUUCAUUUGCAAUGCCGGUGGUGACUACGCCGCAGACGCCGGUUAUGACGUCGCAUUCUUCAAGUUUGAUGGAGGGAGAUUUGGCGCGUUAUGCUAUUCCGAUCAUCACGAUCGCACCCGCGACGUCGACGCUCACUUCGAUGGGGCAACUCCAGCAGCUAUCAUCGCCUAGCACGCAUUCUAUUGAGGAACCUCAUGCAGCACCGCAGGAUUCCAUGCCAUCAAAGAACAGCGGGGACGAGCGAGUGGAUGGCGAUUCUGGCCAAGCAACACUGGUUCCGAACGUCCCUCAACAGCAACAUAGGUCCUUCUCUUGGCCAUCAGAUACAACUGUGUAUAUUCGGGAAAGACAUUGCGCGAGCUGUGCGUUCUGCAAGAAGAGGAAUCAAGGAUAA